CUAAUGGUCAAGUGAAAAUGUUAAAUUUUUCAGAUAAACCUGAAGAACCGCCCAUUAAAUUAGUAUUAAAAGUUGGAAGCACAGAGAAGGCACCCACAGAACCAAAGGUGAAGGAACGAGACCCACCUUCUGACAUACAGAAAGUAAAAGAGCAUUCAAGUAAGAAAAAGAAGAAGAAAAGAUCAUCAUCCAAAGAUCGCAAGAAAAGAAAACAUACUGACGGUGUUGAAGAUCAAGUAUGUUUUAUUAUUAGAUAAGGGAAGAUAAGGGGGACUUCAGACAAGUGCAGUAAAAGUGUCUUGCAUAAGAAAAAGUAACUUACAUAACAAAGUAGCCAGGAUGCAUUGCAGCUCAUUAGGUAAAACAAGAUCAGUCUUCUUGAUCUAUUAAAAUUUUACAGUCUCUCCUUGACAAAUAAAUUAAUUUGGCAUUAGACAGAGCAUUGGGAUGCAGUGGUGUGCACACCUUCCACAACAUCUCACCUCCCCCCCCCCUUCCCCUUCCUCCAUCAUGAAAGUGGAUAUCAAUUAUGACUGUGCGCAUUUUUAAUUUACAACUAUACAAAUAUCAUUUGUGGAAAUAUUAGAAGGAUAGACCCCUUUUGAUUUACAACCCCUUGAUAUUCUUCUCUUUAUAUCCAAAAACUAUAAGGCAGGAUCAAUUUGUCAUUACUGACCCAUUGAGCACAAGCGCUUUUCCUUGGCAAGUAAAAUUAUCUGGUGUUAGACAGAGUAAAGUAACUAAAACUGUCUGUACCAGUGUGGGUAGUACCAAUGUGAAAAUGCUGUGCUGAGUGGUUAUAUUACUACCUUAAAAAACAAGCAGAAACUCGACGUUUCGAGCAAAGGCCCUUCGUAGUAAAUAGUAAAGUAUGGUUCAUGUUGAAAUGAAUAUAUUUACAGGGUUUUGAUUCUUCAUCCACUGUUGAAAGCAGUCAUGAAAAGCCAAAGAAAAAGGCCAAAAUUGAGGAAAGAAAAACCAGUGAUGGAAAACCUAUCAUCACAAAAAUCCAUAUCAAACCUAUUGAGCCCCCUAAGUAAGUACUCAAGAGUCUGGUAUCAGCACCGGAAUCACAGGGCCGCAGGUUCAAUUCCUGCUGAUGGAGUUAAUAGUCAACUAGACCAUGUACAAAAUAAGCCAAACAAGUAGAAAUGAGAAUUCAUAUUAUUCAUUUCAAAAUCAGUUACACACAAUAAUUCUAUUUGACUUGCUAACGAAAAAGAAUGUCAGGUCUAUAUUUAUUUUCUAUUUUGAACCCCACAUUAACCCAUUAAGCUGCGGAGCUUCCCCAUUGACAAGUAAAACUGUCUGGCGCACUGGGGUGCAUUGUGGCUCAAUGGGCUAACCACUAGACACAUUGUCAGAUUUUUUGGUUAACCCAUUAAGCUGUGGGGCUUCCCAAUUGACGAGUAAAAUUGUCUGGCAUUAGACGAUUAAAAAGAUAAGUAGGGUGCACUGGGGCGCAUUGCAGCUCAAUGGGUUAACACCCAACACUUUCCCCAGGGCUAUUGUAUGCAUUUAUUAACCAUUCUGAAUCCUUACUACUUUUCAAUGUUGUUCUAUAGAAUAAGGGAACACAAAAGACCCAAACCCCAAGGUAUGUAUAAUAGUGGCUAAAGCAACCAGCACAAUCAUAUAAGCGCCUUUAAAAUUUUGCUUGCAAAACAUCAAUAAUUCCCUCCCUUCUAUGACGAUGCACACAUGAGGCAUCAUUUCACUUGACGACUUCUGGCUUUAGGCCGGGUGAAAUAAUAAGGUAUGGAGCAUUUGGGAACAUUGUGCACAGCUUAAUGUAAUAAUUUUGUUAUUACAACUUGUAGACUUUCAUGACAAGGAACCAUCUCCAGUGCUAUUGUUUCUGGCAAAUCUUCAUCAAACACUACAGAGGUAAUGGUAUAAUGCCUGUGAUACUCUUUUAAACUAUGUUGUACUUAUUAUUGAUUUCUGGUCACAAAGAGUGAUUCUCAAGUUUGUUGUGAAUAUUCCCAAUUACAUUGCUAAAUUUGGAAUAUUAGACAUAGAGCUUGCAAAGCCAACUCCGCAAGUUGCUUGACACCCAUGUUGUAAAUAGUACAUGAAAUAAGACAUGUACAUGAAUAUUUUUUUAGGAAAGAUGUCAAUGGAUUCUUUGCCUUCCCUGUGAAUGAUGUGAUAGCACCUGGUUACUCCAGUAUUAUUACAAAUCCAAUGGACUUCAGCACUAUGAAAUACAAGAUUGACACUCAUGUUUAUACAUCCUUGGAGGAAUUCAAAGUAAGUUCAAACAUCUGUAUUUUUUUGUGAACAGUAUGGGCAAGUGCAUGCUAAUUUAAGGCAAAGUGUUAAUAAAUAAAUAAAUAAAUCCCCUGUAAAUCUACUGUAUAUAUGCAAGUCCCCCUUUGAUAUAUGUACAGGGUGUGAUGAUUUCAGAUUUUUAGUUGUAUCUCAUAGCUUUUACUAUGUAUAAAUAUUCUCUUGAAUACAGGAUGAUUUCAAUUUGAUGUGUAACAAUGCAAUGAUCUACAAUACGGCAGAGACAAUUUACUUCAAAGCCGCUAAGAAAUUACAACAAAUGGGAGCCAAAUUAAUGAGUGUGGUAUGUAUGUAUUGUACAGUAAUGACUCGCAUCCUUGUUUGUCCGGGGCGUUAAUGCUUGUGUUCGAUUUUCCAGGAAAAAAUGCGUAGUUUAUACCGUGCUAUGGGUAUAAUUCCUCCUCAAGAUCAGUUAUCUAGCAGACAUGAAGAUGAGUUAGUUGACGUGGACACGGUGGAUGGUUCAUCAACACCACUGCUUCCCACACCGAGGAAAAAAGAAAGUAAAACAAAG